AUGCCAGCCGGGGAGGUGGCAAUUUUUAACAGGGCGGUCAGCGCAGACCUCCCUGAAGUCCUUGGAGGGACACCUGGUGGAGCCACAGGCGCCCUCCACAAGGCUGUGGUCAGUGGGGACGGCAGUGCUCAUCUGGUGGAGGAGAUCCAGCUGUUCCCUGAUCCCGAACCUGUCCGCAACCUGCUGCUGGCCCCUGAACAGGGCGCAGUGUUUGCGGGCUUCUCAGGGGGCAUCUGGAGGGUUCCCCGAGCCAACUGCAGCGUCUAUGGGAGCUGUGUGGACUGUGUCCUAGCCCGGGACCCCCACUGUGCCUGGGACCCCGAGUCUGGAACCUGCCGUCUCCUGCCCACCCCCAUCCCGAAGUCCUGGAGACAGGACACGGAACAAGGGAAUCCAGGGUGGGCAUGCGCCACUGGCCCCGUAGGCAGGAGCCUCCAUCCUCAAAGCCGCCCCCAAAUCAUUAAAGAAGUCCUGGCUGUCCCCAACUCCAUCCUGGAGCUCCCCUGCCCCCACCUCUCGGCCCUGGCCUCCUACCACUGGAGUCGGGGCACGGCCAAGCUCCCAGAAGCCUCUUCGGCGGUCUUCAACGGCUCCCUGGUGCUGCUGCUGCAGGGUGGGGUGGGGGGUCUGUACCAGUGCUGGGCCAUGGAGAAUGGCUUCUCGUACCCUGUGGUGUCCUACUGGGUGCACAGCCAGGAUCAGCCCCUGGCCCUGGACCCCGAGCUGGGGGGCAUUCCCCGGGAGCGUGUGGAGGCCCCACUGACCAGGGUUGGUGGCGGGGCCGCCCUGGCUGCCCAGCGGUCCUACUGGCCCCACUUCCUCACAGUCACUGUGCUCCUGGCCUUAGUGCUUUCAGGAGCCCUCCUCAUCCUCCUCGCCUCCCCAGUGGGGGCUCUCCGAGCCCGGGGCAAGGUGCAGGGCUGUGGGACCCUGCCCCCGGGGGAGAAGGCCCCCCUGAGCCGGGAGCAGCACCUCCAGCUUCCCAAGGAACGCAGGCCGUCUGCCAGCGAUGUGGACGCUGACAAUAACCACCUGGGCACCGAGGUGGCGUAGACUCUGGGCGCAGGCUGCCGCCGCGUAGAAUAGGACAGGCGCCCGCCGCGCUGCUGGGGGACCUGGAGCAGCGCAGCCCUGAGGGCGGGGGGGGGGACGACACAGAACACCACCUUCCCACCUUGUCACUGGUGGCCCUCAGCGGGGCUGGACCCAGCAGCCUGACCCCCCGUGGGCCUCCCCUCCACUGCGCACAUGGGCCCUCCAACGGGCCGUCCCAGGCCUGGACCAAACAAGAAGACCUAGAGUGGAUCCCUCCAGAAACAUACUGCUCCAGGAGCCCCUAAAACACGAGACUGCUCCAGGCCCCUGUGGUAACGAAGCCCAAGGUAUACGCGAGUGGGCACGCCACUGCCCGCCGUCCCUGGAGACCCCCCCCCGCCGGGGGCAGCAGCCACCCCCACGGACACCAAGGCUCCACUGUCCCAGGGCCCUGCAGGGAGCUGCCCCGUCCUGCCCCCUUGUCCGCUGAGCACCGCUGACUCCCGGCAAGUGACCACCUUCCUUCUUGUUUCAGUUGGGGCAGACUGUGACCCCCUGCUGUGCUUGAGGAACAGGGGUAAUCUGAGCCUUGUUCCCGCCUCUCCUCUGGCUGACCUCUUCAGCCCCCUCCUCUCCCCUUUCCUUUAUUUUGGGAUUCAGAAGACCGCUUGUCACAGACAGUUUAUUUUUUAUUAAAAAGACAAAGCUCA